GAGAUCCCGUUGCCACGUGGCAUUGCUCCAUGUUGAGUGAAUGCUCCGUAGCAUCGUCCUUCUUGUGUUCUGCGUCACGGCAUCGGCAGUCGCUUCUAUUGUGACAGAAACAUGUUAUCCAGACACAUGCGCCGAUCCUGAACUGGACACGUUCUUCUCAUUUGGAACAUGUUGUGAUAACGAAUGUUGCUAUCGGUUACGAUAUUGGGUCUACCCAGCCAGCAUCGCAGGAAUCGGAUUCGUAGCAGGUGCAUUUUUUGCUCUCUGCUUCCAGUGUCGCUGAACUGCUUCUUCUUUCUCUUCUUCUCCUUAUAUCAACAGGUACUUCAUUGCCAUCCCCCUCUUUUUCAUUCUCUUCUCUGAUAUUUCAUAUCAUCGGAUUGUAAAUCUUUGGUUUUCAUUGCAUUUAAUCGAUUUAUGUAUUUUCAUUUUUUUUUUAUGAAAAAAGAAUGUGGAACAAAAAUAAUAUAAAAAGACGAAAUAAAAUAUUUUGAGAUU